AUGGAUAUCGUCGCGUCGCCUACGUCCACGUCGGCGGAGGAAGCUUUUCGCUUUCCAGUAAGCAAUGCUCAAGAUCAACCCCGCGAUCGACCACAAUCACAUGUGAAUGCCCUGCGUGAAGCUGCCAACGCCAACGACUCAUCCGCCUCGCAAAAGCCUCCUGUGGUCAAACACUUGUCCAGCCCAGAGUACAAUACACCGGCCCGCCAUCAUCGCCGGACGCCUUCAGCCGCCAGACAGGUCAAGGAAUCCCUCAAUGCGCGAUCCGAAUAUGUUACUAGCAAAGACGAUGGCGUUGCAGAACAUCGCAUCAAUCAAUAUAUCAUCAAGCAAGAGAUUGGGCGCGGAUCCUUUGGAGCAGUCCAUUUAGCGAUUGAUCAGUAUGGGAAAGAAUACGCUGUCAAAGAAUUCUCCAAAGCCCGGCUGCGCAAGCGAGCACAGUCGCACAUCCUCCGGAAACCUUUGUCCCAGCGACGUCGUGGAGCAUUGCAGGGCUUUAAUUCUCCCCUACAUCGAAAUGUCGGCAACGAAGGCGAGUCACAGGCCAGUGCAAUAGACCUGAUCAAAGAAGAGAUUGCCAUCAUGAAGAAAUUGAACCACCCAAAUCUAGUAUCCCUGAUUGAGGUGCUGGACGACCCGACAGAAGAUUCGCUGUACAUGGUACUGGAAAUGUGCAAAAAAGGCGUCGUCAUGAAGGUAGGCUUAGAAGAAAGAGCAGAUCCAUACCCUGACCAUGUCUGUCGAUACUGGUUCCGAGACUUGAUCCUGGGAAUUGAGUAUUUGCAUGCGCAAGGUGUAGUGCACCGCGAUAUCAAACCCGACAACUGCUUAGUCACAGAAGACGAUGUUCUCAAAGUGGUCGACUUUGGCGUCUCGGAAAUGUUUGAAAAAGACUCGGAAAUGCGCACAGCAAAAUCCGCCGGCAGCCCAGCGUUCCUUCCGCCGGAGCUCUGUAUUGCUCGACACGGAGAUGUGUCGGGGCGCGCGGCGGAUAUCUGGUCUAUGGGGGUUACUUUGUACUGCUUGAAGUACGGCAGAAUCCCAUUUGAGAAGACGGGCAUUUUUGAGCUCUACGAGGCUAUCAAGACCGAAGAGCCAGACCUGGGCGACGACAUAGAUGAUGACUUCCGGGAUCUCAUGAACCGCAUCCUGGAGAAAGAUCCGCAUAAACGCAUUAAAAUGCGGGAGUUGAGAGAACAUCCGUGGGUUACGAACAAGGGCACUGACAGGCUUCUUCCAGAAGAGGAGAACACCGCUGAUCUCGUUGAGCCGCCUACAGAAGCCGAGAUGAAUGCGGCAAUAACCAAAAACGUGAGGAAUCUCAUGACAGUUGUAAAAGCCGUGAACAAGUUCAAGUCCCUCGUAGGCAAAGAUAAACCCAAGGGAAUUACUUCAAUUUUGGGUGAUCAAGACGGCGCACAUUUCUCUCAACCACCGGCAGCCAUGAUCAAAGACUCCGGAUCCCUUCCCCUGAAGUCUCACAGUUUCAGUGUUUUUGGGCAAGAGCACACAGGCGCAGAGCCACGGAUUGAAGAGCUUUCUCAAGACAUGAAGAAGCUGAAUGUACGACCGGUACCAACGCUGAGUAUAGACGAUACGACGAAGACCGAAGAGCAAACAGGAGUGGACAGAGGCAGGGAUUCUAGCAGUCCUUCAGGAAUGCUAACUCACACGCUCACAAACACCGAUGACUCGCUCUCGAGAGUUCAAAGCAUGGUGGACAUUGAGAAGCUCGAUCCAAUGAAGCUACCUCCUUUCCGAUCGCUGAGACCACAUGCAAACACAGCAGACGAGAUAGGUCACCGGGGCCAUGCACACGACCCUCUGGAAGACCAAUUGUACCUGUACAUUGGUCCGUCCACAUUUUCGGGGGUCAGUCCUAGCAGCGAUAACGACGGGACAUUCGUCUCCACGGACGAUGAUGUGCCCAUUGUUAGUGAGAGUCCAGGAGCGGCAGACGUGGACAUUUAUGAAACCGCGUACCGUGACGAGAUUGAGCGGAUAAUGGCUCGAGCCAAAGAGGAGAAGAAAGAGCCCAAUGUCUACCUCACAAGACGCGUGGAUGCCAGAUUGCUGGCCAUUAGCGGACUCGCAGGAAAAUGGGCGGCGAAAGGCGAAGAAGCCAAAAAUCAGAUCAAAGACUAUACGCAAUUCUCUGCUCGAAAGGCACGGGUGACCGAGGUCAGCCGCGCACUUCGGCAAGCCGCAAGAGAAGAGUAUGAGAGAAGGAGACAGGAGCACCGGGAAUGGAUCGCGGCCGAGAAAGCAGAACGAGCGCGAGCCAAAGAAGCGGACUCCUGCAAAGCAAGCACACCUCCGCCAGCAGGAGCUGGAGGUGAAGUAGAGGAGAACACGCCGACUAGUCCCAACUCACCGGGCAGGCACUCGUCCGUCUGGAAAGGUAAGGCAGUAGACGCUGGACGACAAGCAAGAACCUCUCUUAUGGGGUUUGUGGACAUGGUCAAGAGUAAGAGUCGAACGCGAUCGAAAGACGAGGUCGGAUGA